GCAACGGCGAACGCUCCGGCUCCUGUGCUAGCCGCGGUCGCUGGAUUAGCCCCGGAGCUAGCAGGAGAGGUAGCAUAGAAAACCAGAACAUGGAGGACGACCUGGACGAGCUGCUGGACGAAGUGGAAAAAAAGUUUUGCAGCAACGUCUCUGUCGCCUCCUCAGAUCGCGGGGACUCGAACGAGGCGGGCAAACGCGGGAGUGCCACCAAACCUGAAGAGUCGGUGAGCAGCGUCACUGAGGACAUCGACGCCUUUCUGGAGGAGUUACUGGAGGAAGACUACAGUGAUUCCCCUCAAAUAAAGACUGAGCAGUCUCCUAAAGGAACACAGGUGGAGAAGAAGCUGUCGUCUCAGUCUGGAGGGAGAAAGUGCUGUCCUGUUUUCGUUGGCGGGAGCUCUGUCACAAAUGGUGUUGGAACGGCCACAUCCAAGAGGUCAUGUGACCAGUUGAGAUGUACUUCCUGUGACUUCCGGGUGCUGAUGUUCGAUGACUGCGAGUGGGACUCGUCCUGUGAUUACCUGUUCCUCAGGAACAACGUGCCGGACCGUCAGAAGCUCAGAGCCAAGCUGAAGAAGAGGAGAGGUUUACGGGCGUACGCCUGCCAGUGCAGCUGGUUCUCCACGUCAGAGCCGACAGACCUCAGGGACCAGCCUCAGCUCAGAUGGGUCUGUGGCAAACACCAGGACUGAUGUUCACUCCUCACUCAAAACACUCCCUCUGGACGAUGGGCCAAAGCAGAUCAUCACGGACAGAGACACUUCUGCUGCUUAUCGCUGUCCGUUCAUCUGUUUAGAGUUCUGUCUUUUACUCUUUAUCCAUCCAUCCACUUGACUUUGGAAUCCUUUCAGGGACGUCAAUAAGACACAAAAUCCAUCUCCAGCCAGAAAAAUCUGUAAUGAAAUGGAUCUUUAAGUGGAAAACCUUGGCGAGGUUUCCAUCCUGAAAGCCAGCUCUGGUUUUGUCUCUACCAACAUCUGUCUCUGGCUGCUGAAUGCUGUUCACCAGCCAGGCUCUCACUGUGUCUGUCUGCUGCUGAGCAGGUAAUGUACAGGUUUCAGUACAUGUGCAUCACAGCUGGGUUUAUUCGAGGUUAUUGUAUAUAAAACUCACUGACACUAGAACACCAGCAUCUCAGAACAGGCGCUGCUGCUGACCACUCAGAUAAUCUUACAACUCACUUCAAACUGGACCGAAACAAAAUAAAACUCAACCAAUCACCUGUGCUCGUCCUUUAGGCGAAAAUAGCUGCGAUGUGACGUUAGGUAAUAUCGCCAUCUCUCGCCACCAGACUCCAAAGACAAAAAUGUUAAUUUUACCUCGUGUAUUAUCGUGACUUCAUUCAAAGUUAUAUUAUGUUCUGAAUGUGUGUUAUAAUGAUAUAUGUUAAUGAACCAAAGUACGCUGCAGCAGUGAAGUUGUGGGCCGGAAAACCAAAAGCUGAGCUGAGGGGAACUGUAGUCAGGUGACUAUUUUCACAUCAUUUUAUUUAUAUAUAUAUAUAUAUAUAUAUAUAUAAAUAUGAUAUUAUUGAUUAGUGAAGCAAGAGAUCUAAAAUGUAUUGGGGAAUGAAUAUUUGAUAUCUCCAGCUGCCGCGGGUCGUUGUUGCAAAUGAGUUUUAUUGUUGAACUUUUACAUAAUACUAGCUUGCUCCAUAAUUAAAAUAUGGAUGUAAUUUCUAUAAAAAUCUGCUAUAAACUGUUUAUUAUUGUAUUUCCCAGCCUGAUUUUUUUUAUAUAUAUAAUUAUAAUUAUAUAUAUUAUAUGUGUUAUGUGAUGUUGAUGUCCUGGUUAAUUCUAUCCCAUCACUGUAGUCAGGUAUAAUUUCAGAUGGUAUUCAUGUUGUUUUCCAUGGUAACAGUCUGUAUGUUGUAUUUUAUCAAUUACUAACAAAUUAUCGAAUAUGGCAAACAGUUAAUUAGCAUAUUAGUCACCUGGACUCAUGCUGUGACUGACGAUGUGUUCAAUUAAAGCCGAACCAAAGCUG